CCAUUUGCCUGCAGCAAGAUGGCGGCGGUCUUAAUGUCAGUGGCGCUGAAGCAGGCGUUGUUGGGGAGAAGAGCAGCGGCUACAGCUGCUAUUUCCGUUUCCAGGGUUCCAACCAGAUUGUUGAGCACAUCCACAUGGAGGCUGGCACAGGACCAAACUCGAGACACUCAACUUAUAACAGUUGAUGAAAAAUUGGAUAUCACUACAUUAACUGGUGUUCCAGAAGAGCAUAUCAAAACUAGAAAAGUCAGGAUCUUUGUUCCUGCUCGAAAUAACAUGCAGUCUGGAGUAAACAACACAAAGAAAUGGAGGAUGGAGUUUGAUACCAGGGAACGAUGGGAAAAUCCUUUGAUGGGUUGGGCAUCUACGGCUGAUCCUUUGUCCAAUAUGGUUCUAACCUUCAGUACUAAAGAAGAUGCAGCUGCCUUUGCAGAAAAAAAUGGAUGGAGCUAUGACAUUGAAGAGAGGAAAGUUCCGAAACCCAAGUCCAAGUCUUAUGGUGCAAACUUUUCUUGGAACAAAAGAACAAGAGUAUCCACAAAAUAGAUUGGCACUGACUGUAUCUCUACUUGACUGUGAAUAAAGUCAGCUGUGCAGUAUUUAUCGCCCAUGUAUACAUCUCUUAAUCACCUAAUAAAUUUGACCUUAAAAUUAUAGAUA